AUGGGCGUGGACAGCGAGAGGUCGUGGGGUGCCGUCCUUGCAUUCUGCGAGGACAUAAUCACCCAGAAGGAGGCCGCGGAGAGAGAAAUGUCCUUCAAAGUUUGCCCUUUCGUCUCCGGCAACAGCAGACAAAAACCGACGGCUACAGAUAAAAUCGCAGCAAAGACUAAACAAGGCACCCACUGUGGCCUCAAAGUAGCUAUGAAUGGAGCAACCAUAGCACCCAACUUAGCACCAAUGGAUGUUGCUCCAAAAGCCAUGUUCCGCAUAGGUGUCGGAAACAGUUCGGACACG